GGCUUCGUUUUCCUCUAUUAUUUAUUUGCUUUUAUUUAUUUACUUACUUAUUUUUGCCUGUAUCUUUAGGGCUUGAGAGUUGGUGUGUGUGUUUGUUCCUCCAGAGUGCCAAAAAAAAAGUGCUGAAGAGUCCUAGGGAGAUGAGGCUAUUUUUAUUUGAAGCUGAUACUUUUAGCUGAGCCACAAGUACUGCUUGGAAAGGGCUUAGACUGUUUCCAGGGGGAGAACUCUGCAGAGAAGAGGCAAAGUUCUACAAGACAACAAAAACAGCCAGAACAUCCAGGAAAAGGAAGAGCCCUUGCCAUAGCCCUCUACCAGAGUUCUCUAAUCCUACCUGAUUCAGCAAAGCACCACUUGACUGGAACUUUUCACUUGAUUGAUUUCUGCACCCACCAUGACUGAGAUCACUGCUGAAGGAAAUGCAUCUUCAACCACAACUGUGAUAGACAACAAAAAUGGAUCUGUUUCCAAGUCCCCUGGAAAGGUGCUCAAGAGGACCGUCACUGAAGAUAUCGUGACAACAUUCAGCUCCCCUGCAGCCUGGCUUCUUGUCACCGCUCUCAUUGUCACAUGGUCAGCUGUUGCUAUUGUGAUGUUUGAUUUAGUGGAUUACAAAAACUUUUCAGCAAGUUCCAUUGCCAAGAUUGGCUCAGAUCCUCUAAAACUAGUGAACGAUGCUGUGGAGGAGACAACAGACUGGAUCUAUGGCUUCUUCUCUUUGCUAUCUGACAUCAUCUCAUCUGAAGGUGAUGAAGAUGAUGAGGAUGCAGAUGAGGACAUUGAAAAAGGAGAAAUAGAAGAACCACCCUUAAAAAGAAAAGAAAUGCACAAAGAAAAGGCUGAAAAGCAGGAGAAACCUGAGAAGAAAAUACAAGCUAAAGUUCCACACAGAGAAAAGGAGAAAGGAAAAGAAAAAUUAAAAGGAGAAAAAUCAGAGAAGAAAGCAACUCACAAAGAGAAACUUGAGAAAAAAGAAAGAACAGAAACAAAGAUGAUGACAAAAGAGGACAAGAAAGUUAAAACUAAGGAAAAGACUGAAGAAAAGGCUAAGAGGGAAAUGAAAGUUGGGAAACAGGAGAAAAUGAAACCAACAGCUGCAAAAGCCAAAGAAGCUCUGAAAACACCAGCAAAGGCCAGAGAGAGGGAUGACAAAGAGAUGCCAGCUGUGCCCAAGCAGGAGCAGAAAGAUCAGUAUGCAUUCUGUCGGUAUAUGAUUGACAUGUUUGUCCAUGGGGAUUUAGAACCAGGACAAAGCCCAGUUAUGCCACCACCAUCAUUGACAGCUUCCAGACCUGCUUUGCCAACACCAGCUCUUGAAGAAAAAGAAAAAGAAGAAGAGAAGAAGAAAAUGGAGAAGAAAGUUACUUCUGAUACAAAAAAGAAAGAAAAAGAAGUCAAAAAGAAAAGUGAGGAAACUACCAGUGAUGGGAAAGGCAAAGAGCCAGGCAAACCUCCUGAAACCAAACAAAUGACCACUAAAAUCACAACACAAGCUGCAGCUAGAAAGGAUGAGAAGAAAGAAGAAUCCAAGGAAAUGAGAAAACCUCCAGAAAAACAACCCAAAGGAAAAAAACAGGAACAGAAAGAAAAGCACAUAGAACCAGCAAAGACACCAAAAAAGGAACAUCUAGGUCCAAGUGAAAAACACAGAAAAGCAAAAGCUGAACGAGCCAAGGAAGAGAUUGCUGCUGCCUCAACAAAAAAGGCCCUGCAUGGAAAGAAAGAACAGAAAGCCAAGACAGUGGAGCAAGAAAUGAAAAAAGAAAAAUCUGGGAAGAGUUCUUCAGAUUUGAAAGAUAAAGAGCCACGACCAAAAAACGAAAAGAAGUCAGAGCCACAAGUGAAAAAGGAAGCAAAACUAGUAUCAUCUGACAAAGGCCAAACACGCAAACAGAACAUCACCAGACCAGAGCAAGUUAUUCCUCAUGGUAAACCAGAACAAAAAGUUCCCAAGCAGGUAAAAGCUAUUACAGCAGAAAAGACAGAAAAAGCUGAAUACCAAGAAAAAGACCGCCCAUCUAUAAAAACAGAUAAGCCUAAACCAUCUUCAAAGGGAAUACCAGAAGUCACAGACUCAGGGAAGAAGAAAAUUGAAAAAUCUGAAAAAGAAAGUAAAGUUCCAGCAAGACAAGAAAAUCUUCAGGUGCACAAUGUGACUAAAGCAGAAAAACCUGGAAAAAUACCAAAAGAUUCCAAAGAUUCACCAGCUUCAAAGAAUGAUAAAGAAGACUCCAAAGAUGUCCCACGUUCAAAGAAAGAUAAAGAAGUAACUGGUGAUGUAUCUUCACCAAAGAAGCAAAAAAGUCCCAUCAGUUUCUUCCAAUGUGUCUACUUGGAUGGGUACAACGGCUAUGGGUUUCAGUUUCCUGUCACUCCUGCCCAACAUCCUGGAGAGAACCCUGGCAAAACAAACUCUCCAGGACAGAAGCAGCAAGAACAGUAGACACACAUGCAUGACCCUGACAACUGCUUUUACACAGUGAAAAUGGGAUCUUCUCUUUUGUCCAUAGUGGCAGAGGCAAUCAAAACUACCUGAUGCUGAGAUUUCAUUGUAAACAUUUUUCCUGGUAUAAAGAGAUGACAUGGAUAAAGGGACUGACUAAUUGACAUUUGUGUUGAGGGUCAAAUACUUGAGAAUCUUUAUUUGUGUCUGUUGCUAUAGGAGCGGUCCUUACAUUAAGCUUCUUCUAGUCAUUAUAAAGUAGUAUACUCAUUGAAGUUUACUUUUAAAUGUAAUUGGCACAAUUACAAAAUGAGAUUUAUGUCUUCAGGUAAAUAAUUUUUAAAUUGGUAACAUAGACUGUGUUCCAAUACAAUAGUAUAGGAACAUAUAUAAAAGUUAUUCUUCUGCAUCAUGUGGGUAGACUCAGUUUACCCAAAAACAUAUGUAUAACAUUAUAUUCUCUUCUGUUUCUAGUUUAAUUGUGGUAAGGCUCUACAUAGGUAUGUCUUACACCAGAGUAUUCUAAAUUCCUUGCAGUAUUCUUAAUGAACAGACUAUCUAACAGAUGUGACUUGACAAAGAAUAAGUGCUUGUUAGAUCGUAUCUCUGAGAUUGCCUUGAGCUAUGCUUAAGACAUUCUCUCUUGUGGACAUAUACUUGCAAUUAAGCAGGUCUGGUGUUACUUGUAUAAUAGCAAGUUAAUGAGAUACAAAAUCUUCACAUUUCUCCAGAUUGUGCCUCAGGAAAUCCAUCACCUACGUCAAGGUUUAGAUCAAAUAAUAACUAUGGUUGACCAACUCAAACAUAGUUAUUUCUCAAUACAUACUUUCUGUGAAAUUAAAUGUUUUCUUUUUUCAAAUGGAAGCAAUACAAGUGCCAUAAAGGUUUAAGUGAGGUGAUUUGGGCCUAGACAUGUUCAUGAGGUAUCUUACUUUCUUUUGGCUAAUUGAACAUUAAUGCCAGUUAAAUCAAUGGCAGUUUUUAACUUACUUGUCCAUGAAUCACUGAAAAUAACUGUUGAGAAUGUCCAUCUCCUUAGUAAUACAAACACUAGAUUUUCAUGAACUUUUCUUAUCAACUCUAGAAAAAAUGAUUGUACUUUUUCAUCAUGUUUCUAGUUAUAGUUUCAUAGUUGAACCUAUGACAAAUUAACUCACAAAACAACUUGAGUUACCAUUUCUGGCACUGUCAUAAGGUCAGCGAAUGCUGAGCUACUGACUCAGUGAACUCGCUGUGUAAUUGGUUUUCAAGUAUUGUAGCCAAACAUAGUUCUUGAGGUCCAAGACAAAGGUCCAUUUUACCAAUAUUCAGGUAGGAUAUGGAUCAUAUACUCAACAUUAAUGAUUGAACGUUCGUGACUUUUGUAAGGAAGUUAGCUUCAACCAGAUGCUGACAGACUGAAUUCAUACCACAAAAGCCAACACUAUAAUGAACUAGAUUAAUGGAGUCAUUUGGAGGGGAAGGAGUACAUAAUUGACCAGAGCGAAUGAUAUCUUUCAAAGCUGCUUCUUUCAGCAAUUCAAACUUACAAGGAGAACAAUGGAUAAAGUGUUCUACUUAGGUGCAGUUUCACCCAUGCAAUUUCCUGAGUGUGGAACAGUGAAUAAAUGUGAUAGUUGUUUUAAAAGACACUACAAAAUGGGUUAUCCACUAAGUUAUUACUUUUCAAUUAGUCUUUCUGUUCUGUGUCAGGUAAUAGACCCUGUAACAUAAUACAGCAAAAUAUUUUACUUCAUGUUAUUCUGGCACAGCAACUUACUCUCAAAAAUGUACUAUAUGUAUUGGAUCUGUAUCUCCAGGUUUCAAACAACCAUUGAAACAAACAGCUCAGUACUUCACAGAGUCAACUCUACUCUGUAGACAGAUAAGAUGUCUUAAUAUGGGUUUGCUUGAAAACAUAUUUUGAAAUUAUGUUUUUGGAGAUUACAUUAAUCUUAUCUCCACCAACUUUUAAAUAUCAUCAUCUAUUUUCUUUAUGAAACAAAUUGACAAAAUAUAACAAAUGUUAUUGUAAAUUUAGGUGUGAAUUAGAGAAAAACUAUGUUGUAACUAAUAUUAACAAUAAUUGUUAAGGUUUGUCUAAAAUUUCAAUGACUAGUAUAAUUUGAAAAAAAUCUAAAUUGUCAUCUGUUAUAUCUUUUCAUUAAUAAACUACUUCUGGCCCUUGA